AUGGCUGAGUAUGAGGGAGUCCAAAUUCCGAAAGUACAACUGGGAAGCCAGGGAUUUGAGGUCUCCAAGCUAGGAUUCGGGUGUAGACGUCUUACUGGGACAUAUAACGAAUCUCUAGUCAGUGAGGAGUUUGCAAACUCAAUCAUCAAGCACGCAUUUGAUAAUGGAAUAACAUUCUUUGAUACAGCAGAUCUCUAUGGACCUCAUACCAAUGAAAUUUUAGUUGGAAAGGCAUUGAAGCAGUUGCCUAGAGAUAAAAUCCAGUUGGCUACAAAGUUCGGCAUCGUAAGAAUUGAGCCUGAUCAUACUAGGAUAAUUAAUGGAACUCCCGAGUAUGUUCGGGCCUGUUGUGAGGCUAGCUUGAAGCGCCUUGAUGUUGACUAUAUUGAUCUUUACUAUCAGCAUCGUGUGGACACAUCAAUCCCAAUAGAAGACACUAUUGGGGAACUAAAGAAGUUGGUGGAAGAGGGGAAGAUAAAAUACAUUGGAUUAUCUGAAGCUAGUCCGGAAACAAUUAGGAGGGCACAUACAGUUCAUCCCAUUACAGCUAUACAAAUGGAGUGGUCUGUUUGGACUCGUGAAAUUGAGGAAGAAUUCGUCCCACUCUGCAGGGAACUUGGAAUUGGGAUAGUGUCAUACCACCCCCUUGGUCGUGGAUUUUUAGCUACAGAUGGUCUACCUGAAGAUCACUUUCUGCGUUCAACUCCGCGUUGUCAAGGAGACAACCUCAAGAAAAAUAUGAUCCUUCAGGGUAAAGUACUGAACUUGGCGGAAAAAUAUGGAUGCACCCCUGCAGAACUCGCACUCGCAUGGAUCGUUCAUCAACCCGAUGUCUGGAGUGUGCCUGGUGUUGUACCUAUUUUUGGCACAACCAAGACUAAACAUAUUGAUGAUAAUAUUGGUUCCUUGAGAGUGAAGCUGUCGAGAGAAAAAUUACAAGAGAUAUCUGAGGUGAUACCUAUCAACGCAGCCGAAGGGUACAGAGUACCAGACUAUAUCAUUCCUUGCACUUGGAAAAAUUCAGAUACACCACCUAAAGCUAGCGAACAAUGCAACCAAAAGAAGCAAACAUAG